AUGGAAAGGGAAGAACAAGCUCAAGCGAAAGGGAGUGAGUUUGCAAGAUGUAAAUCGAACACACAAGGCCAAUUUUGUCGUGCACCAUCUCUACCAACUACCCUCGAAUUUGAAGAAUUUCAAGAUGAUGAGAGUGACUUUCGCAUGGGCAAGUUAAUUAGGCAAGCUUCUCUAAUCCAUUCUGACAUGUUGCCUCCUAGACAUACUUCUUCAAAGGCUAUGGCACAAAGUUGUAGCAAGCCAAGAAAUCAACCAGGUCGAAAGAAACCAGGAUUAAAAAACCUUAACAUGGAGGGGCUGGAACAGAUGAGAAAACAAUACCCAGCUAGUCAAAUUAAGAAGAGUAAAAGCUUAACUGAUCUUGAGUUUGAAGAAGUUCAAGGAUUCAAGGAUUUGGGAUUCAAUCUCGACGUGGUACAAGACUUGAAUCCAAGUGUAGUUAGCAUACUCCCAGGUUUGAAAGAGAAGAAGCGAGUCAAAUCAGCAGAAGAAAAUAUGAGGAGGCAAUUUCUUUCUGAGGUGUGGAUGGCACAAAGCUCAUCAUCUUCUUCAAGCGAAAGGUCAACAGAAGACAUGAAGAAGCAGAUCAAAUUCUGGGCUAGAGCCGUGGCAUCUAAUGUGCGCCAGGAGUGCUGA